CCGUUCUAUUCGCUGCCUUUUCUAGGGAAGGAGCGAGCUGGCUAUCUAUCAGUUAUCUCAGCACAGAGCAGCCUCUAUCUGCGGCUCGCCUUCAUUACCUACACUGCCACGGGUAGUCGUUUCUCCUUCGUUGCCUUAUACUAGAGAGAGAUCAGCGGUACUCCAUUUCCAGCUUCUUCGUCACUACAUGCUUAUGGCAAAUAUAGCCUUUUUUCUUUCUUCUACUAGCACCCCCAUUACUCUUUAAAAAUUCCGCCGAAAAAGAGAAGACGAUUAUCCCAAAAAAUUGGGCCGUUAUCUCACGGCACACCACUUUCUGUGCAGGUGUACAACAAUUACCCAGAAGGCCUAGGGGCGGCCCUCUACCGCGAGCAGUUUGACUUCAACGCGGAGCCGCCUUGGGACCCUAGCUGAUAGUGGGAGAGCUCCAUCUCCUGACUUGUCCAUUUUGUUGCAUAUUUCUAGGACCCCAACGGCUCUGAGAGGACUGACUAGACAACUUGCUUUAUGAUUGUCGGAUUUGCGGAAUACGGUUGAGAUGAAAGGACUUGCCGAUGAACCAAAUUACUCCAUUGAACUUCUGGAGGGAGGCGCAACCCUCAAAGAUGUCAUUGAUACCCAUGUGUGCGAGCAGACCCUGGCUGAGAAGAACGCAUUUUUCGUGGCUGACCUUGGGCUCAUAACGCGCCAGCACAUCCGCUGGCAGGCCCACAUGCCCCAGGUCCGGCCUUUCUACCCGGUCAGGUGCAACAGCAGCCCGGCCGUCAUCGAGAUCUUGGCCACCCUCGGCGCCGGCUUCGUCUGCACCAGCAAGGCUGAGAUGGUGCUGGUGCAGAGCUACGGCGUGGCGCCGGAGAGCAUGGUUCUGGGCGGCAUGUGCAAGCAGCUCUCCCACAUCAAGUACGCCGCCAAGAGCGGCGUGGAGCUCCUGCUCUGCGACAACGAGACGGAGCUGCGCAAGAUCGCACGCUGCCACCCAACUGCAAAGCUGCUGCUGCAGGUGGCGACGGAGGCUCACGGCGAGGGCGAGGAGACGUGCAUGCCGUUCGGCUCCACGCUGAAGAGCUGCAGGCACCUGCUGGAGUGCGCCAAGGAACUGGGCGUGCAGGUGGUGGGGGCCAAGUUCCAUGUACCCAGCUGCUGCACGGACCCUCAGGCCUACACCCAUGCGGUUUCCGACGCUCGCUGCGUGUUUGACAUGGGGGAGGAGCUUGGCUUCCACAUGAAAAUACUGGACAUCGGAGGAGGAUUCAGUGGCUCCGAGGCUCAGCUGGAACAGGUUCAUGGUAGCAUCAGACCGAUGCUGGAUAUGUACUUCCCCUCUCUCUCUGGGGUGGCCCUCAUUGCUGAGCCUGGGAGUUACUAUGUGUCCUCCGCCUUCACCCUGGCUGUCAACAUCAUCAGCAAGAAAGUAGUGGCCCGGGAUCAGCAUGGCCAGCUCAUGGACAAACUGACACCGAACGACGAGCCCGAGUUCCUGUACUACAUGAACGACGGUGUUUACGGGUCUUUUGCCAGUAAGCUGCUGGACCACGCCAUCCCAGUGCCAUCCGUGCGUAAGAAGGACCCGCUGGUGGACGAGCCCGUGUUCGCCUGCAGCCUGUGGGGCCCCUCCUGCGACAGCCUGGACCGGGUGGUGGAGCGCUGCCUGCUGCCGGAGCUCAGCGUGGGGGACUGGCUCGUCUUCAGCGCCAUGGGGGCCCACAGCCUGGGGGACGCGCACAGACCGCCCGUCUACUACGUCAUCUCUACGGACGAUUGGUACGAGAUGCAGGAUGCCGGAAUCACUCUGGACACCACCAUGAAGAACUUCUCUCUGGUCCCGUACAGCUUCCAGUUCAGCCCGCAGGCAGACGCCUUCUCCACCCUGGCCUGAUGUGACCUCUGACCCCGCGCGCUGUCCGCAGAGCUGGUCCGCUCGACAUUCCACGGGAAGGGACGGAACGGCGCCUUGAGGGUUUUUUUUUUUUUGGAUGUUGAAAAAUGUUUUUACUGGGACCAGACAAAUUCGGUUUAAAGAAAAGCAAAAGUUGUGUCCAGCUAACCCCCUAAACAACCUGCCCAUUUCAGUAAUAGAAUAUGCAACAAAAUGGAUGACUCGGUAGAGAUGGAAUCCCACUGCUGGGUUUCCUACUCAAUUACAGUUUACAUACAUGUUCAAUUUAUUUAAUUUUAUUUUAUAUGAAAUCAUAUAUAAUAUGAAUAUGAAAUAUGAAUCAUAUUAUAUAUGAAUAUGAUUACUUGUCGCCAGUCUUGUAAGUCAGUUGUCUGCCCAAUGCGGUGCAGUUUAUAGAAACAUAUAGAAGACCUGAUUUCAAGAAAUUGCUAAAUGCUUAGAAGAAAAUGUAAAUGUAUGCUUUGAUCAGCAGCAUUGCAAAAAUGAAAAGAAAAAAAAAACACGUUCCUUUGUGCUAUGAAAAUCCUGAUCCAAACCAUUCAUAAUCGCAAUAAAUUUUUACGUACGUGUUAUUUAAAUGAGUUACAUUGUACAAAACAUAGGAAGAUCAGAGCUCUGCUCCUUAAGAUAUAUCUCGAUAUAAAUUAAUUUCACUUUGCUGUGUUACAAAAAGGUAUUCAAGCUUUUUUAAACUAAAUGAAACAAAAAAUACAACGCGUUUUGAAUAGAUGUGAUGUGUCAUCGUAAUUUCGGGAAUGCAAGACUCGGCCCCCCAUGGGCGUCGCCAUUUCCAGUGUUUUUGGAAGGAGACCCAUCGCUUUGGGUAACCGGCGGUUUAGUGAGCCUUUGAUCGAAAGCUUCCUUCUUACGUCAGUGUUUUGCCAAAGCCAUGGCUCCUAACGUUAGCCCAGGAGAUGGAGAGGUGGCAGUUGACAUCGCACUUGGCCAUUUCAGCCAGAGCACAAGCUGGCAUGGAGGAGUUCUGUAGGAAAACGUUCCCCGAUUGGUGUACAAGAGUUGCCCAGUGAAACGAUAUGAUGUCAUUUCCUCUUUCUCACCAGGGAGGACUCUAUUACUGAGUUUAAUGUCUCUGGAGCCAUAUCGUAUUGAAAAAAUGUGUCACAAUUUGAUGAGUUCAUUCUAACAGUCUGCACCAAUUUUGUAAAUCCUUCUCCAGAAAAGAUACAAGCUCUAAUGUAAAGUAUAAUUUUAAGGCACUAAUGGAUCGUAGCUUGUUAUUGACUGUAAAAUUUGUGCUCGGUAAAGUGGUGGAAGUGAUUAAUUUAAUACAUCUCUUUGACUGAACCAUGGUGUGCUGAUUGUAUUCUUUAUUAAAUUUUUGCAUGUGAAAACUA